AUGUCAACAGCAGAGAACACAACAACAGUUAUAGUCCAUGAAGCUAUAAAUGAAGAAUAUGAGUGGGUUCAGUUUAACAAACAACUCCGUCUCAUUCGUUCGGUCAAAGACGAUAUGUACCAAAUGCAAAGUAUUUUGACAGCAUGUUUUGCUCCAGAUACUAAGCUUCCUAAAGACUGGUUUAGGAACCAAAGCACACAAGAACUUUUGAGCGAAGCACAGCGAGACAUACUUUUUUCUGAAAACAGUGAAGAACAGCGAGUAGGUAAAAAACCCCAGUCGCCAAAACUCUAUGAAAAUCGUGAAAAAUUGCCAAACGGUUUGAGAGGAUAUUAUGUACAUAGACUUCUUGUAAAUGCUGUUGCAAUGUGGGCUUCGCCUCGUUAUGCUUGGUAUAUUUACAGACUUCUUGACGAAAUUCAUAGACAAGAACGUGAAGAGAUGGAAAACAAGCUUGAAGCAAAAGACAAAAGCAUUCAGAAAAGAAUACCACGUUCGGUACCAAAAGGUAAGGAAAAGAACUAUAA